AGAGACAACAAAGGAAGGAAAUAGAGAUAUUGUGUUUUGUGCCAAAACAUUACUAAUGAGUAGCUAGCCACUAGUAGAAGCAAAGCUAAAACAAUUCAACCCCCUCCAACUCCAUAGCUUUCAUAUGAGAAAAAGCUGAAAACUCUCUCAUUGCCUUUUCCUUAUCACUUCUCUUUGCUCUCUUUUCUUUCCCUUUAACAAUGCUUGUCAUCUUUCUUACUUCUCACCAUCACUAACAACAAUUUCUUCACAACACACACAUCCAUGGAGUUUAACCUUGAAAACCCUCUUGAAAACUUCCAUGACCUUCCUAAUUCUCAAUGUGUUUCUUCUCUUUUUCUUAUUGAAUCUGACCACAUCCCACCACUAAAUUACUUUCAUAGUCUCAAAUCAAACGAGUUUGAUGCCUCAGUUAGAAGUGAUUUCAUCUCUUUGAUCUCACAGUUGUCCUGCAACUUUGAUCCAUUUGUGACUUACCUAGCUAUCAACUAUUUGGAUCGCUUCCUUGCUAAUCAAGGGAUAUUGCAGCCAAAGCCAUGGGCCAAUAAACUUAUUGCAGUAACUUGCUUCUCUCUAGCAAUAAAGAUGUUGAAAACAGAGUACUCUGCCACUGAUGUUCAGGCUCUUCUGAAUCAUAGUGAUGGUGGUUUCAUAUUUGAGACACAAACAAUACAAAGAAUGGAAGCACUUGUCUUAGGAGCAUUACAUUGGAGAAUGCGUUCAAUCACUCCUUUCUCUUUCAUUCCUUACUUCAUCAAUUUGUUUAGGCUUGAUGAUAUAACAUUAAAAGUUCUUAAAGAUAGAGCUUCUGAAAUUAUAUUGAAGUCACAAAAAGAUAUUAAGGUUUUGGAAUUCAAGCCAUCUAUAGUUGCUGCUUCAUCUCUUCUUUAUGCUUCUCAUGAAUUGUUUCCAUUUCAAUAUCCAGGCUUCUUGGGAACAAUAUCCGAUUGUUCAUAUGUAAAUAAAGAAAGUGUUGUGGAGUGCUAUAAUGUUAUACAAGAUAUAGCUAAGGAGGAGUACGAAUCCAUGUUUAAUGUGAAUUCAAGUUCAGGCACACCAGUUAAUGUGUUGGACGAAAAUUUUCUAAGCUUGGAAAGUGAAAAAACCAAUGGAACCAAUGUUACUCCUACUAAGAGAAGGAAAAUUUAAAUCAUCAAUGAUGAAGUACCAAAAAACUGAAGAAGAUAACAACAUUUAAUUCUUCUGGUCCAUUCAAGAUGAUUAAUGUUUAUUGUACGUAGUUGAAUAAAAUAUAUUUAAUGUGAAAAAAAUGAGGAUCAAUAAUAGGAAGAGAUAGUGUGAUGGAAUUUAUGGAAAAAUGAGAAAAAUGGAAAUUUUAUCUAUAUAGUUAGUGGACAAAAUCACUGUAACGUGAUCCUCGUACGGUUUACAUUAAAUCUUCUGAUUAUGAAAAGGACUAUGGAAGAAAAUAUUGGAAUUUUAAUAUCUUUUUUUUUUUUCCUAUGUUAGAGGAAACAAAAAGACAAAAUGUAACUUUGAAUUGUAUGGCUGGAUUUUUGUAUUGUCUAACUUGUAGUGAAGUGUGGUUCUGUCUCUUAGCCUAUGGCAAAGGAAUAAUAGUAUAGUAAUACUGAUGGAA